CCCCGGAUCGCCCCCCUCCGCUCAGGCCCUCUUGCACCGCCGGACUCCCGGACCUCCUUGCCAUGGCGGCCGCCGCGCUCAGGGCUCAGCUCAACGCCCUCGCCGACUCCAUGUUCACCACGGGUAUUGUGGACGAGGCUUUCCAACACCUGCGGUCGGUGGAGCAGGAGGGCUUCCUCGCCGAGGUCGUCAACCUCUUCAUCCACGACGCCGACAACAUCCUCAACGAAGUCGCCCACCUGCUGAACCAGCCCGUGGUGAACUUCAGCAGGGUGGGCGCACUGGUGCAUCAGCUAAAGGGGUGCAGCGGCAGGUGAUGACCAUGAUAAACCAUUUAUUUC